AUGUAUUCUGGAGCUAUAAACCAAAUCAUCUCACAAGGUGGACGUCGUAUCCCAGUAAUUACUAACUUUUUCCAGCUAAAUGAAUCCCCAGCUGACCAUGUAGGACUUUAUUUUAUAGAAUUUAUUCCUGUGGUAGACCCAAGCAAUAGAGGCUUAAGAGAUAUUUUAAUAGAAAACGCUGGAGGUAGAAUAUCAACAGUUAUAGGGAAAUUUACUAAGGCAGGGAUGAACCUUACAGCAAAAAUUAUAAGGGAAGAGCCUUUUGCAGUUACAGCCCAAGGCUACAAUCCAGGUGAAUCUUAUAUACUAAAUAUCAGGCUUGUCGGUACUAUAGGAAGCAGUAAUAUAGAGACCUAUCGUAUGUACUCAAAUUCUAUGCUGAAAAAAAUGCUCCAAAAAAUAGGCUUAAUCCAGCUGACUAAACUUCCUAAAUAUUAUGAUAAGCGGCAAACUGUACAAGUAACUCAGCAUAACCUAGAAAUAUGGCGAGGAUAUACAGCUUCUUUUAGCCACCAUCUGACCGAAAUGCUGCUAAAUGUCGAUUUUUCAAGUAAAAUUAUCAGACAUGUAUCUGUUUUACAAUAUAUGACUGAAAUUCGGGCAAAUACCAAGCCAGACAGGCUUAGACAAGCCUUAGAGUCUGAAUUAAUAGGAAAAACAGUUAUGGCGAAAUACGGGAACUAUAAAUGCCACAGAAUUGACGGUCUUGCCCUAAAUGAGUCUCCUUUAAAUACUUUUGACGGCCCUACAGGUCUGACUACAUAUAGAGAUUACUAUAUAACCCAAUAUAACAUAGAAAUCCAAGACUUCAGGCAGCCAUUAUUGAUUUCUACCACAGAAAGAGGGGCAAAGGUAAUCAGACUUAUCCCUGAACUAUGUGACCUCACAGGGAUUUCUGAAGACAUGAGAAAGGACUAUAGAGCCAUGAACGAUAUUGCAGUACAUACAAGGCUGCAGCCUCAGGACAGGCUUGAAGUAGGGAUUACUCUGGCCCAUAGGCUAGCAAGGGAAGCUGAAGAUAUAAGUGAACAGUACAGUAUGUCUAUUAACCCUGAGCCAGUUGUCCUUGACGCCAUAAGGUUUCCUCCAGAAAUAAUCAAGCUUGGAGAGACUGAAAGAGAAGAUGUAGAAAUUGAUGACAGGGCAGGCUUUAAUAUAAAAAAUUCUAUAUAUAAGCCGAAAGAAAUAGCGUAUUGGGCAAUUUUGUCGACGAAUAAAGAUCUAGAAGAAAGGGAUAAGCUGGUUAGAGCAAUCACAGCAAAAGCUCAGCAAAUAGGAGUCAUAAUGGGGUCGCCUUAUCAGCUUGAAUACACUCCACAGAAUUUGCAAAAUAUUAUAAGUGUCCUUAAUAACCCUCCUGGAGGCAGACCAGCCCCUGUAAUUGCAGUAAUUUUGGUCCCAGCUCCUUUAAAAGAUAUUUAUCACAAUAUAAAAGAAUCAGCUGCCUUGUCCUCAGCAGUCCCUACACAGGUGAUUUUAUCAAGUAGCUUUAAAAAUCCUAAACGAGUAGACUCCAUUAUAUCAAAACUAGUCGUCCAAAUAGCCGCAAAAACAGGCUCAGAACUCUGAGCGCUAUGUCCAUGCUCAGGAAUUCCUAUAAAAACAAUGGUUAUUGGCAUAGACAUUUUUCAUGAUACUGUAAGUAAAGCCAAAAGUGUCAUGGGAUUUGUGUCGUCUAUAAACCCGACCUUUACCAAGUAUUAUAAUACAGCAAAAGUACAGGAAAGAGUCGGGCAAGAAAUCGUGGGGUCAGUUUCUAUAUGUUUAAAAGAAGCAUUAGGAGCAUUUUAUGAGGCCACCAAAAAGCGGUUUUUGCCUGAUUUAAUUGUGGUGUUUAGAGAUGGCGUUGCGGAUUCACAGAUAAAGGCGGUUAAAGAGUUUGAAGUGGAUGGGAUGAAAAGCGUGAUUAAGUCUUUUGAAGGGUAUAGGCCAGGAUUUGUAUAUAGCCGCUGAAAUAUUUUAGAUCAUUAUUGUACAUCCAUUGUAAUUUUCAAAUUAAUUUGUAAUUGUCAGCUUUUUUGAGAAGAAAAAUGAAAUGCCAAAUCUUUAUUUAUGGUUUUAUGAUGACUAAUCAGAUAAGGCAGGUGCCCUGGACCAUAUUUUUUCUGUUCUGUAUUCUGUUGAGGUAUAGCGAUCUAUUAUAAUGCAUAUAUUAUAUAUAUUUCAUAAAGGUGAAUUAGGAAUUAAAUUUAAAAGGCUAAUUCUCAUAUAGCGAAAUUAAAUAAACAAAGAAUAUUGUUAUGAACAAAAAAACCAAUGCAAAAUUUUUUGUAAAUUCGCCGAGAGGGAUAAUAAAUCCUCUUCAUGGGACUGUCAUUACAGAUGUGGUCGUACCGGAUGUAGAUAGCUUUUAUUUGGUUUCCCAUGGAGUUACCCAAGGUAUGGCAUCUCCAACUCUGUAUAGGAUCAUUGAAAAAAUAUUGCCUGAUGAAGAUAUAGAUACUAUUGUAUUCGCAAGAUUAGCAUAUAAGUUAUGCUAUAUGUAUUAUAACUGGACUGGAGGGAUUAAAAUCCCUGCACCCACUAUGAUGGCCCACAAGCUUGCAUAUAUGGUUGGACAAAGCAUUCAUGAUGAUUAUCUACAAGAUCUAAAAGUUCUUCCUUGGUUUCUUUAA